CCCGCAGGAGGUGGCCCUGAGAAAACGCGGUUAAGUAACACAAAUCAAAACGAAGAGUUAAAUGUUGUUCUUGCUGCCAGUCUUUACUAUUAGAGCGCCACGUACGGACUGGGGACUCCUGGUGAAUCCAGCAGUGCCGGUAGAGUCACAUUCAAACGAAGGAGCAAACCACGCUGCUGCACCGCUACACUAACACUUCGCUUCAGCCGACCUGAAAUAACAGCGAGGGCGUGAGUCAUCAUGACUGAACAACAGAGGCAGCGCUCGCUCUCCACGUCGGGGGAGACCCUGUACCGCGUGCUGGGCGUCGACAAGAAUGCCACUACGGAGGACAUCAAGAAAUCGUACAGGAAACUUGCGCUUAAAUUUCACCCUGACAAGAACCCAGACAACCCAGAAGCAGCUGAUAAGUUCAAGGAGAUCAACAAUGCCCAUGCUAUACUCAACGACCCCACCAAGCGCAACAUCUACGACAAGUAUGGCUCCCUGGGCCUCUACGUGGCCGAACAGUUUGGCGAGGAGAACGUCAACACCUACUUUGUCCUCUCCAGCUGGUGGGCCAAGGCGCUGUUUGUAUUCUGCGGCCUUGCCACUGGCUGCUACUUCUGCUGCUGUCUGUGCUGCUGCUGUAACUGCUGCUGUGGGAAGUGCAAACCACGGCCCCCCAUGGACCAGGAGCCUGAGUUCUACGUAUCCCCUGAGGACCUCGAGGCUCAGCUGCAGUCUGACGAAAGAGAGGGUGGAGAGCCCAUCGUGAUGCAGCCUUCAUCAGCCACAGAGACCACCCAGCUGACGGCUGACAGCCACACCAGCUACCGAACGGACACGGGCUUCAACUAAAGCUCCUGGCCACCUCCCUGCCCCCUGCACUUUCCGAGAACCCAGGUGAGGCGGGAGAGGGCGGAGGAGUCCAAAAGAAGCGAAAAGGCCAUUUCAACAACAAAUGGGGAGCACGCCGGGCGGCCCAGAGGGACUACGAUGGGAAACGAACUGAACUCUCACAAACAUCUUUUGUCAUGAAAGUACCAGAUAUCAGCAUUUGUUUAGAAAGAGGAAAAUGCGCUUCUGUUUCUUUGGCCUUUGUACCUCCCCUCUUCCAGAACUUCAUUCCCAGCAUCCUCUGAAGGUCCCUUCAAAUGGUUCAUCUUGUGGCAUAUAGUGUUUAAAACAGGUUUUUUUUUUUAGUAGUUGUUAGUAUAAUUCUGUUUGUUCAUGUGUGCACAGUAUACGUUCAUAUAACUGUAUAUUUAUAUAUGUCACAUAUACAAGCACACAGAAAAGUGUGUUUUAUUUGGACUACGGUCGAUACCAUGUGUAUAUCCAGCAAUUGGAUAAUCAGUUUCUCAUUGCAGAACCCAGGAGAACGCCACCAAACAUUUCAUGGGAUCCAACUGCUUUGGAGCCCAUUUUUCUGUUGUUCUUCUGCAGGCCUUGGGCAGCCCCACCACCCUGCACCACACCAAAAAAAAAACACAAAAGCAAACAUCAUCUUCAGUCCAUCACUGCAGUACGUUUCCUCACAUAAUUGCUUAGUUCAUUUCCCAUCUGGACCAGUCUGGAAAUACUUUGUGUUCAUGGUAAUGCACACGUGAGAUUUUCAUAAAGUCUUCAGAAGCCCUUAUUCAGUGAUUGGCUGUUAACAUUCCGUUUAACAUUAGUUUGUGCGGUUGUCCUACAGCUCCUGUUUAGAGAGAUGCUUUUUGCAAGCUGCUGAAGAUUUGCUUCUUUAAAAAGAGAACUGCCGAGGUCUGUUUGAGUCGCUGUAGCAUUCGUUAGAAGCCACAUCCCUAGUUUUAGUUCCUUUUGUCUAUGCAAAACGCGCAGUGUGCAUCAUACCUGUACGAGUUUCGUUUUAUAAUGUCAUAGACAUUCACUGAAUUUUGUGCGUUCGAAAAAACUGAGUGGACAUUUUGGUAAUAGUAGAAAAACAAAGUGGUACCCCAAAUAAUCAUUAUCAAAAGUCUUGUUCUUUAUGGGGAUAUUUAUUAACAUUUUGUUAGUCCAGUUAAUAUCCCUUUUCGAUUUCAAGAGGUUUUUAAAGUGUGACCUUUCCUUCAUACAGUCCAGCCUUUGGGAUUUUUCUUUUUUCCGAGAAAAGUUUAACACACACGUCACAUGUACUACAUAUUUGCUGUAUUUGAACAGGUCGGUGGGGCACUUAUGCUACUCUACGUAUGAAUCUAGAGGCCGUAGUAACACUGACAGACUGCUGUAUGGCAUGCCUUCUUCACAGUGACACGGGCAAAGGGAUUAUAACCUUUAUUAUUUAUGCCCACUUAAUUGUUCUAUACCUCAUUGCUUUAUUACUCAAGUCAUUUUUGGUAGGCUAGAUUCCAUGUUUUAUAUUUCUUCAGGGUUAUCACACUCAGAACAGGUUUUUUUUUUUUUCUUUCCAUUCUUGCCUUCUGCCCUUAAAUGCUGAGCUGCAGAAACUUCCUAGUCACUCAUGGUUUAAGCCAGAUUUGCACUUAACCUUAAACAGCCCUUGCUUUGCUAUCCCCCCCCGUUUCCUACUGUUGAUUGACACAGCUGUAGGGAUGCUGUGUUUUUUUUUUUUAUGUUGGUAAUGUGUGGAUGCUGUGCUGUGAUUAGAAGGUGCAGUAGAUGGACACAAAGGGAAUCUUCAUAUCAAAGGUUGAGCACCAGUCUAGGAACCAAACGAAAAGCUCUCUAUAACAUAAACAUGGCAAAAUUGGUCACCAUUGGUGGGGGAAAUUGCACCUGGGUUGGAAAACUACCACUGAACAAAGACCACAGUCAAAUAGCUGAUAUCCGAGUUGAAAAAGUACAAAUGGGAAAGACUGUACAAUGCAGACUUUUUGUGGUGCUCAACAAAAUUAUAUACUGCAUUGUGACAUCCUACUGUAAUCAGUCACACCCGUUUUAGAUAAUGACGCAUUGACAUAUGAUUUCUGUCACCAUUUUUUAGUAUGACUUGUGAAAAGUGAAUGCCAUGGAUAAGCCCGUUUUAACUGGUAACGUGAGGUCAGAUGUAUUGUUUUGCUGAUUUGAAUAUAGCCCCCACUUUACACCUUUCUGACUUGAGAGAUAUUACUUUAAUUCCCUUUAUACCAAGAUUUUGUGUGAAACACUGGAUAAUGACUAUCAGGCACUGAACUGGCAAAUGAGUACGUUUGUCUACUUUUAUGCAGUCCAUCUUUCUGCUUGUUCUGAGCCAUUCUCCCUUGUCUAAGGGGAUGCCCUGUAGAUUUCCUACAGUCUCAAGAAACAAUGCAAGUCCCCCCACCCAACCCCCAUUCAUGGAUGUGGCCCCUGCUACAACAUUGACAUUCUGGGAAACGCGAUCAAGGGCACUCAUAGUUUGCUUCAGAGUCCGUGAAAAUGGAGAACUAUUAAGGGAUGCAACCGUAAAGGGUUAAGCCUUUAAAAGUAUACAGGGCUUCAUAGCUCAGAUUUGACUUUCACGAUUAACACAGCUUUUAAAUGUGCUUUGGUCUGUAUUAGUUUUAGAAUAAAGCAUGGCUGUGGUCCCCCCAUAUAUGACUUAAGAGGCCAACCUGAGUCAAUGUAGUUUUAUGAAGUGGGAUUCGCACAAAACUGUCAUCUAUUAAUAGAUUAACCUAUUCUAUUAAAAGAAAGCUACAUGUUGGUAAGCAAGACAUCUAGUCUAUAGAAGUCAUUACACUUUUGAGGCUGGUGUGAUGUGAUCAGGUAGGAAUAGUCAAUUAAAUAUUGUGCUUAGUCACAGUUCUCUACAGUAAAUGUAAUAUUUCUGGCUGUGUAACUUUGCAGAUGCUUUAUACUGUAGUCCUCUGCUUACACUGGUCUAUACAAUCUGCAGGCCUGUAUACAGGUUAGCGUUGGACAAUUUAAACAUGUCAAGUUACUACUGAACCAUGGUUGCUUGCACUGGUUUUUAUACAUUUCAAAUUGUGUAGCUUUUAUCAUCCACUGUUUAGAGGCAUCGUUAGAUGGUUGUGAAAGAGUACCUUUCUUUUUGUUAAAUCUUUUUAAGCUAAAUUGUUGAAGGCACUACUAUUAAUGAAGGUAAAUCAAAGUAGUCACUGGUUAGGUACCAGUUGUAAUGUAUUUUCUGUAAUUUGACAAAGACAAAUCAGUGGGUGUCUUUUGAUUCCCAGAAAACAGUCGAGCUGAUUCGAAAGCGUCAGCUGAAGUAAUCUUAAAAUUAUUUUUUAAAUCAUCAUUGAUGGUACCGGAAGUUGAAAUGGUUUUGUUUUAAUUAUGUCCUGCUUUAAUUAGUAUGUUGAAAGCACCUGCAAAAGCUGGAAGGUGGCUCUAAUAUUGUUUCCCCUUGUUUGAUUUUGGCCCUGUUGUUUGGGCCAUGCAUUUUCCAAAAGUACGUUUGAGAACAUCAGUAUGUAUCUUGGUCCUGCUAAAACAGCAUGGUGUCUUCAGCUGCUCUCUGUGGAACAGUUCUUUUAGGAGGAUUCUCUUUGUGAAGUAUCAUUACUGGAUGUUUGUGCAUCUGAGAGCUCCCAGCACUUUGCAUGAUGUGUUUUGUGCUGAGAAAGGAUCCACGCUCACACAUCACCUGUCCUUGAAGCAGACUGCCUCCAUAUUCGUUCUUCUUUUGUUGUUGCCAGAGGUAGUAGAGGUUUGCGUGAUAUGGGGGGGGUGACAUUCACAUUAUGUACAUUAUGAUUUGUCUUUGUUUAUUCGUAGUUUACAUGUUCAUUUGUUUUUCUUGGAAUACAUGUGAUUAGUGAAUGGGUUUUAGCAGUUUAAUCGUGGUCCUCGACCAAUACGCACGUAAACAUUGUAUCAGUAUUAAUAUUCAACAAUUCAGAUGUGAGCCAUCAUAGAUUAUGAAUCAUUGCAAUGACUAUUUUUGUUCUUGUCUUUGGCAUGGAGCUGUGACAUCUGAUUGGCUGAUCAGGCUAAUAAUAGCUGGAAUCAUACAUUCGGAUGGAUAGCUACAUCACAAACAUUACAUGCACGCAUAAAGUACGACAAUGCAACGUAGGCAUUAAAUUUUUCCAUGGGAAAAUUUGAAAAAAAGGAUUGUAUCUUUUCAGUUUUGAUUUAAUUUUCUUGCCUAAAAAUGCGGAGGAGAAAAAGUUUCCAGAACAAGGAAUGAUAUAAAUUUAGACGCUGCCAAAAAUUGUAUGUUGAUUUCCAAUUCAUUUCAAGAAUUUUUAUGCCAAGAAGUUAUUACAAUUCUUGAGUGCGCCCUCACUCUUUUCUGUCCUUGAUCUGGUUGAUGGUGUUAUUUGUGGUCAUUGACAAUGGAAAAUCUAUCCCAAAACCUCAAUACUUGCUGUGGCUUUUUUGAGAUGUUGGAAAAUGCAAAUAUUUGAGUGAAUGCAACGUGUAUUCAAAGUUGUGUUGAAAAAUUUAAGAAAUGUUCUAUUACAAUCUUUAAACAAAAUAUAUAGUGCAUAGUGAUAGUUAUGAUGCGUUAUUUAUUUUAUUUUUAUGUUUUUAAUAAAUGACUAGUUUCAAUUGUAUGUAAUUAGAUGUGGCCAUUAAACAAGGUGUAACACAAGACUUAAAGGUUGAGGUCUCAUGUACAUACAGUACACGUGGAUAUAUUGAAUACUAAACUAGUUUUAUGUUUUAGCAUGUUUAUUUACUGUGUGUCCAAAAGAACAUGGGUAAUUAUCUGAUUUGCUGUUGUAAAAUAAAUGUUUCUGAGGCUUAA